UCAAUUGUGGAGUUCGUACGUCUUCCGAAAACGUACCGGGUGGCAAAAUUUUAAGCACAAAGGCGGUGGAAUAAAUUAAUCAAAAAGUUCUUUUUUCUUUCGACAAGAAUAUACAAAAUAUAUAUAAAAAAUAAAAGUGAUACAUAUAAAUAAAUGUGUAUUCUAUACACACAGUUUGUAGUAUUUAUACGUACGUAUCUGUAUGUUUGGCAUACUUGAAAAUACAAAAAAAAAUAAACCAAAAUUAAAAUAAUUUUUUUUAUUUUGAAAAUAUAUGUUGAAUAACAAACAAAAAAAAGAAAACUUUAAAGAGUGUAAAAUAAUUAAUGAAAACAAAAUAUUAGGUAAAAUAAAGUGUAGUGUUGUGACUAAAAUUAAAUAAUAAUUACAACAAUAUAAAUCUCACAACAACAUUUUGCAAUAUCUCCAAAACGUAUGAACCCUGCUACAGACCUCAAAAAAGAAAUAGUAUAAUAAUAAGGGAAUAUAUUGUUAUUUCAACUAUAAAUGAGGAACGAACAUAAAUUUGAAAUUUCACAUUUAAUUACAUAUUUUAAAAAUAACAAAGUAGCGCCAUUACACACACACACACAAACACUCAUACAAAAACAAAAACACGCACGCCUACAAGUGUAUUAAAAUGUAUGCAACCAUAUGAAACAGCAGCCACAGCAAUCAUCAACGUAUAAAUAUGUCUAUCAAUAUCAUUCUGACAGAUCAUCAUUAUUUCGCGAGGAUCAACAUUAACAACAACAAUAUCAUAAUCAUCAUCAUCGCUACCAUCGUUAAUGUCAUUUGUCUGAAAUUCGAAAAUUUAUUCAAAUUCAUUUAACAAUUUAAAUGAAACAUCAACAAUUGUAUGACAAAUCAAAUACAGCGAAUGAAAAAAAAAUAUAAAUAAAUAAGAAAUAAAAUUAAUUUUAUAAUACUUAAGCAGAUGAUUAAUGAAAUGCAAUAUUUAACAACAGAUAUGUUCUAGUUGAAAUAGUAAAAAUUAAGACAUGAAGAAAUCUAAAAUCAAAUCAAAAUAUAUUAACAUUAAAUAUUGAAAAAAAAGAAAAGAUUUUCUACGAAUCAAACGAAUUUUUUCCACUCAAAAUCAACAAAAAAUCAAACGAUAAAGAUAAAUACAAAAACUCCUUGCCCCUCCCCCACAUAAAACGAUUUGAAAAUCGAAUUAAAAAAAAUAAACAAAAUUCAAUAUUGUAAGAAUAAAACAAAUUGAUACAAUGACGGUAGUGUUUCAUAUAAAAAAGUGGCUCUAUUGCAAUCAAUUUCUAAGAAAAAUUCCAAAAAUGUAUGAACGCAAUCGAUAAAUGAUCAAUUGGCAACGAGAAUUUUAAAAGAAAAAAAAACAAAAAUUCCUCCCCUCCCAAAAUAAAAUCAAAUUAAGAAUUUAAUAAAAUAAGCAAAAUGCAGUAAAACUACAAGUGCAAGUGUUCAAAAAUAAAAUGUUAAAAUAAAAUACAAAUAAUUAAAAAAAGAAACACAAAAAACAUUAAGUAAAUGCAUUCGAAAAGAAUUUUCAAUAAAAUAAUAAUUAUUUUUAAAUACUCGUAUAUUAUAUAGUAAAAAAUACCUAUAAAAAAUAAAAUCAACAAGUUAAAUUAAAUAAUUAUUUAUAAAAAAAAACAGAGAAAGUAUAACAAAUAUAACUUUUAAGUUUCAUAAACACAUCAAACACUUUUGUAAAAAUUCUACACCAAUUGCGGAAACGCCAUGAAUGCGCGAAUAUUGCGCAAAUGGAGUAUACAUACGAAAAAUCUAAUGUCUUGCUCGGUGUGCUCACUUGUGGUCGUUGUACUGCUGCUACUUGUCACAUGUGCACCAUCCCUAAUAUUGGCAACAAUGAACUUUCGUUCAGACGCAUCAUUUGCUGCUGCAAAUCCACCACAUAUGCCAAAAAAUGUAAUCAAGGAGGCAACAUUGUCGUCGUCGUCAUCAUUAUCAUCCACAUCCUCAUCAUCAUCACCGUCGUCGUCAACAUUAAUAACAUCGUUAUUGUCAUCAUUACCAAACAGAAAUCACAGACUGGCGUCAUCUUCCAGUGCUGUGGAAGUUGUCAAAACUGCAGACAUCAACAGAGAGCCAUUUCCGGGCUAUUACAGGAAUUACCCUGCAGAUGACACGCGGCAAUGGCCACCACAACCCGGCAGUAGUGGUGGCGUUGGUGUGAGCAGCAGCAGCGAACAUAAUAGAGGUGUGUUGUCUGCCAAUAGUAGAAGUAGACACGCAUUCAUUGAUAAUAAACAGCAGUUAUACAGCAAUAAUGACAAUCUAGGCUUCAUGCUCCAACUAAGAGGGUGGCCUAGACACCACACACCUACACAACAGGCUACAGUCGAUGAUGGUGAUGACUCGUAUAACGAUGACAUCAAACCAUCGUACACUGACAAAGUUGUUGGUGAUGAUGAGUAUGUAGAAGAGGAUGCUAAAGUUGCCUCUGAUAGAAAGGUGUUGUAUGUGAGAAAUGGAAAUGGUCCACAACAAAUACCAAGCAACUUAAGAAGCAGCUAUGCAACAACACCAAAUCUUAACUUUCCAUUGCAACAACAUCAACAGCAAUAUUAUAAUGUUAGAAGAAUGCAGGAGGAUGGCGCGCAUCAUGUUGCGCCAUCUCCUCUAACACUACAUAGCAUAACAACACCAACAAAAACACUCUUGCAACUACAACGAACAUCACGAACAGCAUCAACAUUAGCCCAUCAUCUAAAGCAACCAGAACUGAUACAUAGUAAUAUUAAUAAUCUUAAUAAAAACGUAAAAAACAUCUUUUCAACAACACACAAUAAAUCGCUGCAGCCAGGAGGAGAAGAUAAUGUUUUCGGCAUUGAUAACUCAAAUGUAAACAAAAUUAAGACAUCGCCAUCAUCGUCAUCGUCAGGCUUGCCGCUUCGCUUCAUUAUAGAAUCCUAUGAGGUGCCUGCCUCAUUGCCAUUGGCAAAAGAACUAACAGAACAGCAGCGUCGCAUGCUGAUACACGAACAACAUCUAAAGCAAUUGCGUACAAUGCAACAGCAGGCGGCCCGUAGUAGACGUGAUUCUCUACGUGGUCGUUAUAAGAAAUAUGAAAACGACCUGCUAACGGCAUCCUCUUCGUCAAGCUUUCGUAAGUCUCCCUCUCCUCACAACUUGAGACAACAUCAGCACCAGCAUCAUCAUCAGCACCAACAACAACAACAACGCAUGCGCAAACAUUCGCGGCGCUAUUGCUCUGCAAGAGAUCCCGCCCAAUUGGCAUUUGAAGCGCCCACGGUGUUUGAGGGUAAAAUUGUGUCAAUGACACCCGAUCGUAGACAAAACUUUUCGGCUACUGUCGAAGUAAGGGAGGUGUUUAAACAGCAAAUCGGUUAUCGUUUGCAAAAAUAUUUACGUUUGCAAUUUGCUUAUCGUAAUAAUAGUGGUGAAUGCGAUAUUUAUCGUGAACAGCUGAGAUCGAGAGGUCUAGUACGAGGUGAUACUAUAGAACCGGGACGCAUGUACUUGCUGUUUGUCCAGCAAAUAGAUAUUGGCAACUUUACAAUACUUGGUCAACCUAUAAGAAAGACAAAACGUGUCGUAGAAGCAGUACGUUACGCAGUGAGUGGAAACUAUGCACAGCUUGCUUCUAUAAAAUCAAUAUCAGCCAGUAAUCGUACUGUGGAAAAUGGCCAAGAAUUGAGAAUUGUUUGUAAAGUUACUGGACGACCACCACCCAAAGUGACAUGGUUUAAAGAUCAUCGAUCAAUAAAUCGCAAUCGUAAACUGUAUCAGUUUUCUCACUAUAAAAAAAGAUCUGAACUUAUUAUACGUUCUUUUAAUACCUCAGAUGCUGGUCGUUAUGAGUGUCGAGCAAAAAAUAAGGUUAAUCGUAAUAUAGAACGCAGAGCAAUCGUAAUUAAAGCGUAUCCAGUACAACGUUUUGAUCCCAAUCCCCGAGGUACAGGCAAUAAUUGUCCAGAUGAUGCCUCCGAGUUCUGCUUUAAUGGCGGAACUUGUAAAUUCUUUUCAGAAAUCGGUUCCUAUUCCUGCAUAUGCCCCGAAGGCUUUAUUGGUGAAAGAUGCGACCGCAAAGAAGUCAACAAUAUGCCCCCUAGUACGUACAGCAACGAACACGAAUGUGGCGAAAAUAAAUAUUUAGGAAGUUAUUAUUGCUAAAGUAGGCUUUUCUAUAGCAUCAAACGUUUUUUGGUUCUGUUUUCUGUUUCAAAACUAUUUUAACCUCUCAAAUUUGUUAAAGAAUUUUUAAUUUUAUAUUUUGUAAAUUUUUGUUCAUUAUUUUUCAAGCAAGAAAAAAAUUACUAAUUUAUUAAAACUAAAAUAAAAAUUUUAGUUUUAAUAAAACUUUUGUAAAAAAACCGUUAUACGUUUAAUAACCUUUCAAAUUUCGAAUUUAUAAGCAUAUAAAUAGAGUUGUAUUUUUCUCAUAAGUUAUUAAGAAAAUAUGUGAUUAAAACAUUCAUACUAGUUUUCGUGUUGUGUGAAAAACUUACAAAUGUUCGUUCUGCGGGGCUAUCUUAAGUGUUCGUUUCUAUAAAUAUUUCUAAAUCUCCCAAAAUUAUUGUAAUUUUUCUCAAAUCAAUCACCCCUUCGCCCAUGAAGUGAAAUUUUCAUUUCCCUCAAAGGGAAAAUUGCCAUCGUGAAUUUAUUGUAAAUAAUUCAUUCACAAUAGUAGAUUUUGUAUGCUGUUCAUUAUUUACAAUAGAAAAGUUCACAACAGUAGAAUUUUGUUCAUGUCAAAAAUGUUAUCGAACGAAAAAAGUGAAAAAGAACAUAUUUCACAUGAAAUAUUGAUUGGCGAUAGCUACAACGCAGCUUACUUAUUGAAAGCAUUUUUGGGAAUAAUUAUAUUAUUAUUAUUACAGGUCAGACACCAAAAACAUAGAUAGGGGCUUAGCUGUAAGCAAAUAUGAUAAUGUCUAAUGUUCUGUUAUAUUACCAAUAUAUAGUUGUUACGUGAGGUUUAGGUUUUUAAUCCAAGAUUUUUAUAUCGAAAGAUAUAUAAAGAGAGAGAUAGAGAGAAUGCCCUAACAUUAUGCCAAUCUCUUUCUUUCAAAUCGACAUAGGGUAUUAUAUUAGAGAAAUAUUUCUAAAGUCAUACUUCUCAAAGUUUUCCGCAAGUAAGUAGCAAUAUAACUACUUCUACUCCAAGUAAAUGCCAUGAGUUUAAACGCCUCAAUUCAAAAGUUGAUAUACAAGAGUAAAUGGGAAAAGAAUAGCCUGUACAUAAAUAUAUAGAAGCAACAUAAUUACUAGUUAAACCGUCUCAUUUUAAAAGUUGAUACAUAAGAGUAAAUGAGAGAAUAGCCUGUUCAUGCACAGAAAGAAAAAGAAAUAUAUACGUUUGCUACUAAAUUGACACCUAAGUGUUUAUAGUUUUUUAAUAUUAUUCGUUGUCAAUGUAUUUAUGUACAUAGAUACGACUAAUAAAAGCUAUUGAAAAAUUAUAAACACUUUGGUAACAAUUUAGUACCAGUCGCGAAUACUUCUUUUUCCUUCUGUAUACUUAUAUAGAAGCAAUAAAUAUAUACACAUACAGAACGAAAGCUAUUUUCGUACCCAUGCUGGAAUUUCAUAAAUAUUGCAAUGUUUUUUCGUAAAAUGCAACUCUGUUUAUAUGUUUCCAAAAACAAAAAAAAAUUGUACAAAUUCUUUUACUUUUUUUAGUUAAUAAAUCUUUAACAAAUAUUCUUUCUAUUUUAUAUAUAAUUAUAUAUUUUACAUAAAAUGCUAAAAAAACAAACAGUAUAAACCCUUUGUUUGAAAUUAUAAAAAGGGAGAAGAAGGGUUUUACACCGAAAAACAAAAAAUUCACCACAUUCCAUAAUAACCGCUUAGAACUUUUUUUCAAACUUAAACUGAAUUGCUCGUAAAAUACACAUAUUUUAGGCUCUGUCUGUAACUAAAGAUUAAAAAAAUUUAUAUUAAACUAAAAACUACAUAGAUAUUUACAAAACUAAAGGUGCUAUAGAAAGGCUUUUGUUUAAAUAUAUAAUUACUUUCCGCUAAGCGGGCACUAACAAUUUUUUUUGUUCCUUAGAGUUUUUUUACUAUUUACCACACAUACACACACACAUUUAACAGUGUAAUUUUAAAUUAAAUUAAUUUAAAUAUUAUUUAAAUCGAGAUCAUUUUUUUAAAAAUGCUUUUUUUAUAACUACUUGUCAUAAGUUUGAAUUUACAAAGAGAUUUUUGAAAAAAUAUGUACAAUAUUUUAGAAUUUGUAUAAUUUGGACUAAAACACUUUUACUUUAAUAUAAACGUACAUACAUACAUAUUUUAUGAAAAUAUUUGCCAGGCUUAUUAUAGGAAAAGAAAAGAGGCUUUUAUGGGCCAAUAUAUAUGAAAACAGAAAAUUUGAACUUAAACACAUACACACACAUACAUAAAUACUAAUAUCCAUACCAUGUAGUAUAAAUGGAAAAAAUCCAAAGUUAAUUUAUUAUUUAAUUUAAUCUAAUUUUAUUAUUUAAUUUAAUUUAAACAUUAUUUAAUUAGAUUUUAAUUUUAAUUUACGACUAAAGAUGAAAAUUUCUAAAAUAGAAAGAAAAACAAAACUUAAUAAUGUUCUGAACUCUCUCGAAUAAUGUUUGUAAAAUCUUAAUUUUAAUAACAUUUAAAAUAAAUUCAAAAUAUGUAUUUGGAAAUGGUUUAAUUUCUUUCAAACAUAACUUCUAUUCGUUGUACCUACUCCUUCAACUCCAACUGCUAACUAUUUAGUUCUACUGUCAAUUUAAAAAAAAAAAUAUUUACUUAAUAAUUUAUUUAUUUUCUAUAUUUAUUUUGUACUUAAUCCAUCCAUCCAUUAAUCAUAUUAAAACUGAAAUUUUUCUUCGUAUACGCAG